CCCCGCCCCGCCCCGCCCCGGUCAGCUGGGUUCCGCGUCCAGCCUGCUCCGAGCAUCCCGGGCGGCGUGAACGGCCCAACCAUGUCCGCAGCCAUGAGGGAGAGGUUCGACCGGUUCCUGCACGAGAAGAACUGCAUGACCGACCUCCUGGCCAAGCUCGAGGCCAAGACCGGAGUGAACCGGAGCUUCAUCGCGCUCGGUGUCAUCGGACUGGUGGCCUUGUAUCUGGUGUUCGGUUAUGGAGCCUCUCUUCUCUGCAACCUGAUAGGCUUCGGAUACCCAGCCUACAUCUCAAUGAAAGCCAUUGAGAGCCCCAACAAAGAUGACGACACCCAGUGGCUGACAUACUGGGUGGUGUACGGCGUGUUCAGUAUUGCAGAGUUCUUCUCUGACCUCUUCCUGUCCUGGUUCCCCUUCUACUACAUGCUUAAGUGUGGCUUCCUGUUGUGGUGCAUGGCCCCGAGCCCAGCUAAUGGGGCUGAACUGCUCUACAGGCGCAUCAUCCGUCCUGUCUUCCUGAAGCAUGAGUCCCAGGUAGACAGCGUGGUGAAGGACAUGAAAGACAAAGCCAAAGAGACCGCAGAUACCAUCACUAAAGAAGUCAAGAAAGCUACGGUGAACCUACUGGGUGAAGAGAAGAAGAGUACCUGAGCCCUGGCUGUGUGCCCCACCCCACUCACUCCUUAGCACUGGGACAGUGGCAUAGUCGUUGAAUAAUGUUGCCUUGGAAACUUUUUGAUGUAUUAAAAAUGGAAUGUGUUGUAA